UAAGGCAGGCAGACUCGUGUCUGUGGCUCAGUUUGCCGUCUGAAAUUAUUUCACGACUUCGCUUCAUGGGUGUAGUCAGAAAUGUGACCGGUGCAGUGCCGUGUGUCGUCUAGCCGGGUGUGUGGGUGUGAUGGAAAGUUCUGGAACAAUCUGGCCUACUCCGUCUCACCGUCUCCUCCGAAGUGUUGCAUGGAAACCCUCUGCAGUCUUUGUGUUAUAGUGACAGUGUUUUCUCUCUCUCUCUCUCUCUCUCUCUCUCUUGCUCGCUCUUUCUCUCUCUCCUUCUCUCGUGCUCACUUUAUUAUAACUGUGGGGUUUUUUAUUAUUAUUUUCUAAGCCAAAGGUUUAUUUUGCCUUUUUUUUUUUUUUAAUAUAUAAAUGUUGCCUUUUCAUUUAUUUUCAUAUGCCUUUACUGUUAUUAUUUUUGGGGAAAGUACAUGUUUACAUAUGUAUCUGGAACUAUAGAUUGCAUAUAUAAAUGCGUUAUCAGACAAUCCCGAUGUCGCGUGUGUUUUAUAGUUCGGGCUGCAUUUUCCUUCUAAAUCUGCAGUUCUUCACAUAUCACAUGAAUACUACAUUUAGUACUAGUUUGUCUGUAUAUCUGUCGACUCCAAAAUGAUUGGCACCCUUCAUAAGAAUAUGCACAAAUCUGAGUAAGUAUUGUAUAAAACACACUGGUUUUUUUUUCCCAUCGGAAAACUGCUUACCUUUUACUAUUAUGCAAAACCUUCUAAUUAUUAUUCUAUCUAAUUAAUUAGUAGAGAUUAUUAUUUAAAAAAAAAAAAAAGAUCAACACCUAGUGUAUUUUAAAGAUUAAGAGGUUAACUGCAUUUUCCUUUAGGAAAAGCUACAGCCAAUAUUAAUUCUUGGGGUGCCAAAACUUUUGUAUCACCUUUUUUUUUGGCCUAUUUCCAUAUAGGGGGACUAAUUUUGGAGCUGGUUGUAUAAAAUCGCUGUACCUCGUUUUUUUUUUAUGUUUUGCUCAUCGCACAGGAAGGACAGAACAAUGUGAUUGUUCAAAGCUAUUGCACUAGUCAUGAGAUAGAUGCAGUGGACGCACCACUGAUGCCCGUAAAUGGCUUCCUAAAUCACAUUAGAACAAAAGGCACCAGUUCCAGUGGGGGCAGAAUGGACCAAUCACGUGUUUGGGUAAAUGAUUUGAGAGAAAACAUUUUCUGGAACUACAGAUGCACAAUAGGGAGAUUAAAGGUUUAAUGAUUGUACAAUAUCAUGUCAGAGAAUAGUGCAUGGUACACUGGUACGUUCCAGAGCUGAACAUAACAUGGUGGUGAGAUCACUCAGGGUCUGUGUACAGUAUGUGUAUAGAACACAACAGCUACUGAGGCAGUAGAAAAAAGUCACACAUUUUGAGCCUCCUUACAGCAUCAAACUGGGGAACUUUAUUAAGCAGGAUCGAACGCAAGCCCCCUCAACCCUUCAAAACUUACUUGGCUAUUUUUUCAACCAACGUUUCCAGUCUUCAGCAGGCAAUCGGCAUACGAUGAAUCCUCUGCACCCCUUGCCGCAGGCGGUGCCGGUCUCACUGGGACAGAACCUGAGAAAUCUUGCACACGGCUUUGGGCACGGGAAGAGCCUGCUAGGAAGGAACUUCGCCUAUGGGGUCAUCCAAUCUCUGAAAGAGUGUCUUUACUUCCUGCUCUGCUGCUGGUGCAUAAAAGAGAUCCUAGACUGAACCAAAGGAAAGAGAAUCCAAGAUGAUAUGAGAGAAAGUGACCGUUGUGCUUUUAUCCUGUUUAAUCUUUGCUUCUUAUUUUUUUUUUGGAGAAAGAUACUGAUGUCGAGUUGCCUGCUGUUGUAGUGUCCCCAAUUGCAGUGGCAUGUUUCCUGCUCUGUUCAACAGACCCAACAACUGAUUUGUCAUAGCUGUGACUACAAGAGGCCUGCGACCAUGACAUAAAGACCCGUGCUGUGUGUAGCUUCAAAUGCAAUAAAGCCACCACCCAGAGAGGGGGUGAAGGCUACCAUGCUUUGUCUCAGACAUGUGGAAACCAGCCAAAUGCAUCACAGGGCAGCAAAUCAUACUCCAAGGAUUGUGCUAUCUACCCUCUUCUGCAUACAUGAGCUUACAGAGGCUUGUGAUUGGCUAGUGUUGCUGUGAUUCCCAGAACACAGGCCGUAUGCCGUUCCUCCUGAGCAGAUAUACAGCCACUUUCUCUUAGCUCCUAGUCUCACAUGGUUUUAUCAUUGGAAUUUUAUCUUCUUAUCACUUGAUGAUAACAUUGUUUGAAAAAAAUAAUAAAAGACCA